AUGACUCGCCCGCCCCUCCCAACCCACCAAACCACCACCCCGGGAUACGACAAACUCGCCACCCUGAUGGCCCUGGACCCGGGGUCCAGCAUCUUCCGGCGGUUUGCCAAGCUCAACGCCAAGAACCUUCUGUACCUCCAGGCGGAGCUGGUAUACCUGCAGACGGAGCUGGACGAAUGUGUCCAGAGAGACCACCGGUCCAGCUCGGACGAGAAGCGCGCCUACGCGUUCUCCGUGUGGCGGCUGCAGGAGUCGCUAGAUCAACCCGAGGAGGAGUAUCCGUCGCAGUGGCGGAAGGUCCUGGAGGCGCGGGCGCUGUUGAGGGAAUACAAUGAAGCCCUUCUCCAACAAGCGCAACUCCUCCGCUUGAGUGCCCCGGACCCUAGCGACCUUGAGGUCUUCAAGGAUUGGCUCCUGCGCGAAGAAGCCAGUCACUACCAAAAAUUUCGUCCUAUGUACCAGUGGCAUGAGAACGAGCCGGACCUGAUCGCCCUGUGCAGUCGCCACGAGGGCGCCGAUGCGUUCACGCGCUGGGUGUAUCGAUCCGUAAUUCCCUGGUUCCAUCGGCGCUGGGGCGUGAACGAUCUAAAUCGAAGAAACCACGCCACCGACGUCUGGUACUACAACAACCGCACCAUCAAGAGCCGCACCUACGUGGCCAGCCUGCUGAUUGCGGGGUUUCUGCCGGCCUCGUCCAUGAUUGUGCUGCACUUCCUGCGGGAUACGGUUGCGCGACUGGUGACGAUCUUCGUCUAUAAUAUGGUGUUUGUCCUCGUUAUGGGGCUGAUGGUGAAGGCGAGAAAGGUGGAUAUCUUUGCGACGGCGACGGCGUAA